AAGUGAGCGAGACUUCGAUUGCCAUCUUUUGCGAAGUUAGCCAGGACGAUACAUACUGGCAUUUACGUUGACAAUAUGUCAGAAACAUACGAUUUUCUCUUUAAAUUCCUGGUAAUAGGCAGUGCUGGAGCUGGAAAGUCAUGCAUUCUACAUCAGUUUAUAGAAAACAAAUUUAAGCAAGAUUCCAACCAUACCAUAGGUGUGGAGUUUGGGAGUAAGGUUGUUAAUGUUGGAGGAAAGUCUGUAAAGCUUCAGAUCUGGGACACUGCAGGCCAGGAAAGGUUCAGAUCUGUGACCCGCAGUUAUUACAGAGGAGCAGCAGGUGCCCUUCUUGUCUAUGAUAUUACAAGCCGUGAAACAUACAAUGCCUUGACAAACUGGUUAACAGAUGCAAGAACUUUAGCAAGUCCAAAUAUUGUGAUAAUCUUGGUGGGGAAUAAGAAAGAUUUGGAAGCUGAACGUGAAGUAACGUUUCUAGAAGCCAGCAGAUUUGCUCAGGAAAAUGAUCUCAUGUUCCUUGAAACAAGUGCCCUGACUGGAGAAAAUAUCGAAGAGACAUUUUUGAAAUGUGCUAGGUCUAUAUUAACUAAAAUUGAAUCUGGUGAACUUGAUCCUGAGAGAAUGGGAUCAGGUAUUCAGUAUGGUGACACCUCACUACGCCGUUUACAGAAGGAACAGCUACAACAAAAGAAGCCGGACUGUGGUUGCUGAUUAAAUGCUAUAACUACAAAACAUUCAUCGUGUUUCAUGGUGUAUCAAUAACAUACAAGGCAGGCAACCCAAGACAAGAGAUGUUACUCCAUUAAAGGGAUACCACUCAGCAUGGGCAAGACUGAUGGAGAGCACUCAGCUUUUGUUGGUAACCAUUUAGUCUGAAUGUAAGAUGCUUGGUAAUGCACCUCCUGAAAUUCAUGCCAUGCAUUUACACUGCAGUGUAGCGUCAUCCCUGUACAAUGUCUAGGGCUAUGUACUUCUUGUGAAUGUAGAGUACGCUUCACGGCUGUGAACCUGCCCUCUGUAAGCUAAGUGCAAUGUUUGAGAUAAGUUGUAUUGAGAGUGCUAUAUCUGGUAUAUUUAUGCAGUGUAAAAUCACAUUUGAUGUAGUGCUGCACACUUGCAAAAAACUAAAUAUGAGUUAUAGAUUCAUUCUUUACCGUACAUAUAUACAUGUGAAAGUUGUUAGUCUUUAAGUUAUUUUAUAUUAUAAAGUUCUCUUUCAAAGGGACAUGUUUCUGCUGUCAUGCUAUUUCCAUACGUAUACUAUAAGAUACGCAUAGUGUUACAGUAUCACACGGUGAAAAUGUUCCAGAGGUUCUUUCAAAAGACAGAGGGAUUGAAGUCAUUACCAUGUAAUGUACAUGCUUUGUUAUUACUUCUCUUUGUUAGUGGUAUAUGAUCAAGGAUCUGGAACCAUAUUUGAUUUUGAGAGUACAUCAAGACAACCUUUGGGAGUACAAAUUUGGUGUUUGUUUUUGUUAUGAGUAAAUUUUUAUUUUAUGAGAACUAGAUAUAUGGAUGUUUGAUUUGUGAUGCAGUUUACUAUAGUGUAUCCAUCUGUUGAUAUUGUACCAACCCAGAUGUAUUUGGUGCAGAAUGUUUCCUUUUGAAGUCAUAAAAUUGAUAGUGAUUGAUGAGUAUUACUGGGUUUAACACUUAACAGAUUUCAGAAAGGAAAUGUGAACCGUCUUAACUUUCCUAUACCUUGUUCUGGCUUACAUAGAUUAAUUAUGUAAUCAUUAACAGAUACACAAAGAUAAAAAAAAAACUUCACACAAACUGCUUUGAAUCAAAAUGCAGACAGAUACAGAAAUAUUGUUGUAUGAUAAUUAGAUGAAAUAAUGUAGGAUAACAAUUUGCUUGGACUUUCAACUUAAAAAGGUAAGGGGAGAUUUUCAUGGCUAUACCGUCAAAUACUCUUCUAAUUUAUGCAUGGCAUGUUAAUAGUACAUGAAGGAGGUCUUGAAUUUAUUCUAAGCUUUUGCUCUAGCUACAUCAUAUUAUCAGUAAUUACCAGGAGAAAAGCCUAGCUAAUUGAUAACAAUAUAAUAGCAACUAAUACAAUUAUGCAUUUACAAUAAAUAAAAUUCAAAACAUUGAAAUUGAAUUUUGAUAACUUGAUACCAGACAAUAAUUAAAGUUAUUUGUCUCUAUUUAGAGGAUAAAGUCAACUAAAAGUUGAUACUGGUUAAGAUGUGUAGUAUUGAUAUAUACUUGUACACACAUGUAAUUGUUUAAAGGAAAAUGUUUUAGCAAAAAUGUAAAAAUGAUUUUAUUAUCGUUAAAAGCAAUUGAUUCUCAUCCCCAUUUAAGACCCAAUCUAGUUGAAUACCUGUGUAAUACAGUAAUAUUCAGCACUUUUUAGAAUAAACAAUGAAUGGCUCAAGAGUUUUAUCCUGAUUAUCUUUAUGAUCGUUUUUUCUUUGUAUACAUGUGGCAUUCUAACUUUGGGAAACAUAUACCAUACAUUACGUAAUAAACAGUGCCCUAAAUCAACAUUACAUCAACAGUGUCCUAAAUCAACAUUACAUCAACAUUACAUCAACAGUGUCCUAAAUCAACAUUACAUAAUCAGUAUCCUAAAACAAACCGUUUUAGAUUUACUGUAAUUUUGAAAUCUUCUUUCAAGAUUACUUUGAUUUGCAAUUCAUAUUCUACCUGAAGAAAUCUGAUAUUAUAUCUGCAUAUGAGUGAACAUAUUGCCAAAUUUCAAUUUUCAUUUCUAUGCAUUCAAAAAUUUAUAAGGUCAUACUUUUUUAGUCCCACCGCAGGAGCUAUCAGGCUCCAAAUUAUUUGGCAUAUGUUCAUUUCCACUAGAAAAGCCGCAGUAAAACAUGUUACACCUAACACCUAGAAUAAGAUUUAUUUCUGUUUUACAUGUAUAUACAUUGGCGAGGAGCUAUCAAAUAACUUACAGAUCUGAAUACCAGAAUUUGAAAUUAAGAUAUUGCAUAUUUUACAUUUAAACCAAUGUCAUCACAUACUUGUAUAAAUUUACACACACCUGCACGAUGACAAAAAGAGAUUCCACUUGAUACUGAAGCCUGACCAAAAUUAAACAUAAAAUUUUAUUUUUGUGUCCAUAAUUAAUAAUACUAGAUAAAUUGGAAUACAUUUCAGCAGUAUUUUAUUUUUGUGUCCAUAAUUAAUAAUACUAGAUAAAUUGGAAUACAUUUCAGCAGUAUUUAUAGGUAUUGUAAAACACUUGAUAUUUUACAAUUGUUUGCAAGGAUAUGCAACAAUGCCUCCGAUGUUGACUUCUGUCUGCAGGGUAUACAAAUCUCCUCGAUCUCAAACCAGUGUAGAAAAUCAUUAUUGAAACAGAAUUACCGUGCAACAUUGGUUGUUGAUUACACUCUAUACUUUGGUAUGACUUGUUCAUUGUAUAAUCGACUAAAGCUUAACUAGCUAUAGGUACUUUUGUCAUUUUUUGACGUAUGAAGUCCUGUGUAAGCUAUAUAAAUAGUACAGUGUACAUGUACGGUUAUUGUAUUUUCUUUAGUGUAGUGUAUGUAGUAUUCAUAGAUAUCUCUAGUGCUUAUAAUGAUGAUUUUUCAUUGCCUAUUUAAUAUGGCUGUCAAAAUUCAUCAACUUGUGUAUACAAGAAAUUUGUGUAAAUAUCUUGGUUGUGAUAAGACAUAGCACAUGUCUGUUUCAUACAUUGUAACAUGCACUGAGUGUAAUCACACUGUAGGACCCAUUAAUGUUGUCUUUUACCAGUUUAAAUAUUAGCCAUACAUACAAUCUAAUGUAAACUGUGAGAACAAAAUUUCACUCCAUUUCAUAACCUGGUAGUCAUCUAUUUUGAUAGCUACGUUAUUGUACACACUUAUCAAAUCACUUGCAGGUAAGUGUUGAAAAGUAUUUACAUCUAUAAACUGGAAGCAAAAAUCAUCAGAACCAGUACAUCCCUGUCCCAUAAGUCAGUAACAUGAUACUGUAUGUACUUCGCUUUUCCCAUUGCUAAGCAUGAGGUUUGGGAACAUUUUUCUUAUUUAUAUAUUUAAAAGUGUAUUGGAAAUACAGCUGUGCUCACAAUCCAUUCACUUGUACUGGUAAUGAAGGUGACUGCUUUUUCAAAGAUAUAUCAUAUAAUAAAGUGUUAUUUGAUCAUCAGUAAGGCUUCGGUUAUGAAAUGGAGCACAAAGAAACAUAAGUUUUUAUUAGGUUGGGCCAUAAUAUGUGUGAUAUUAGAGGUGCCAUGUAGUGCAUCUGUCAAAAGUGUACCAUAAGUAAUCGGAUCAAGUCUAGUAUAUUUGUAUAGCAAUUUACAGUUUUAACAUUUCUCUAGGACGUUUUCUGAGUGCAAAGGAAAUCGUUGGUGUGUAAAAUUCAUGUCUUUUAUAAAUCUUUUGGGGUUGAUAUAGAAGGCUUCAUGAAAGAUAAUUUUACCACUGUUCCAGGGACCAGAUCUGGUAAAAGGAUGAUAUGGUAGAUUGGAGAACGUAAUAGGAUGUUAUGACCAGGUUAAAGUUAAACUUUGUCAUAAAGCUUGUCGUGACAACUUAAUCAGCAUCAGUGUCUGUGUAUCAGAAUCUAGUAAAGAGUAGUUCCCAUGACCCUGUUUCAUAUCAUUGCAAGAAAUGUUCGUAUCUUGUUUCAUAUAAAAGCAUAUAUGCAUAGAUGAUUAUUCUAUUGUACAGACGUGUCUUAUGAUUCAUUCAGUGUUUCUGUGUUAAUGUUAUGUAUACUGCCUGUUUGUUUCUCGUACUUGUUCUAUGAUUUUCUAUACAUUCAAGUCCACAGGAACUUGGCACAAAUUCACAGCCUAGGCUCUUUAUGUUAACAGACAAUUGUCCUAAAUAUUUAUGCCAUGUCCCUGUGUUCACGACACUGAUGUUUUCAAUGUUUAUCUUAAAGGUUCUUUUAAGGUAUCAUUUUGUUAAUAUGAAAUCAUGAGAAUUCAUUUAUACUGUACCACUGAAAUAUUGAUUGCUGUAUUUUGUAUGUAUAUUUGUUUAGUUGUCUCCCUUGGAUUGUUUUCAUUAACACUGGUAUGUUUAUUGGGUGUGAUUUAAGAAUUGAAAAAAAAAUCAGCAUUCAUGUCGGAAAUGCGCACUCUUUUAAAAGUAAACUCUCGAGGUAUAAUUUCUGUUGAACUGUGGCCAUGUAAUCUCUAACUGUUGUGAAUAUUGCAAUUUUAAGGUAGCCAUUGAUAAAAUAAAAGAUGACUGUAUACUGGUAACUUAACUAAAGUUUAAUGACUGUUACCAUUAAACCCUAGAUUUACCUACAUUCUGUAUCUUAGUGAAGCAUGUUACCAUUAAACCCUAGAUUUACCUACAUUCUGUAUCUUAGUUAAUGAUGAUACCAUUAAACCCUAGAUUUACCUACAUUCUGUAUCUUAGUUAAGGAUGUUACCAUUAAACCUUAGAUUUACCUACAUUCUGUAUCUUAGUUAAGGAUGAUACCAUUAAACCCUAGAUUUACCUACAUUCUGUAUCUUAGUUAAGGAUGAUACCAUUAAACCUUAGAUUUACCUACAUUCUGUAUCUUAGUUAAGGAUGAUACCAUUAAACCCUAGAUUUACCUACAUUCUGUAUCUUAGUUAAGGAUGUUACUAUUAAACCCUAGAUUUACCUACAUUCUGUAUCUUAGUUAAGGAUGUUACUAUUAAACCUUAGAUUUACCUACAUUCUGUAUCUUAGUUAAGGAUGAUACCAUUAAACCCUAUAUUUACCUACAUUCUGUAUCUUAGUGAAGGAUGUUACCAUUAAACCCUAGAUUUACCUACAUUCUGUAUCUUAGUUAAGGAUGAUACCAUUAAACCCUAGAUUUACCUACAUUCUGUAUCUUAGUUAAGGAUGUUACCAUUAAACCUUAGAUUUACCUACAUUCUGUAUCUUAGUUAAGGAGUGUGCAUUCGUACAGUAUACUAACAUUACCAAAAUGUAGUAAAACUGUUUUGUUAGGUGACCCCAGCUACAAUACUUGUAGAUACUGUCUUCUGACCUUCUGUUUGACCUAUGAUUUUUCUUGUGCUCUAUACAAAAUAGGUUUUAGAGACUGUGAACUUGCAUGUUGUAGGAAAUUUUUCAAGCCUUUUAAAUUUUAUUGAAGUGAGACCCUAUUCUUUAGGUCUUGUUUUUUUUGUUUUGCAAAUCUUCAUGAAAAGUUCAUUUAAUUUUCAUUAAUUUUCCUCAUGCCGAUAUGAAACUUAAUUAAAAAGGUAACAUUUUUUUGACCAUGAAAAGAAUAUGUUGUAGUACUAGGUAAUAGAUGGUAUGGAACUGGUAACAGGGUAGUUAUGUGAUAAAUACUGGACCACAGAUCUAGACUGGUCACUGGCACUACAUCAUCUUAUACCAUCAAUAGCUUUAAAGCUCUAUAAUGUGAUCACAAUACUUCAGUGAAAUGGAUGGGUAUCAGGUCAGGACUUCUUCAAGCACAUGACCUUCCAUUAUGUAAUCGUGGUAUGUAUAAGGACCAGUAUCUUUAGUGUUCUACAUAUGUGGCUGUGAUUAGCCAAUCAACCAAUACCAUGUUUUUAAAAGGCCAAAAAACAUUGGAAACCGUAUGGUACUAGUGUAUGUAGAAAGAGGUGAUUUCUUUGACAAAAGUAUAUCUCAUGUAGGGUUUGAUUAUAUUUCUUUUCAACUGUUACAGAAUGUAAAAAUAAGAAAAGAACAUAUAUUUAUUAUUGUUCAUGUUUACAAUAAUUAGAUUUUGUUUUAGUUGUCUUUUAUAGAUGGAUACAUAUGGACUAGCUAAACCAAUAAAUGAUCAAUAUAAUAAAAUCAGAAUAAAGACUUUCAAAACAAUUUACUGGAGCAAUAACAUCAUCAUUCUAUGCAGAAUUUUGUCAUAUUAUUAGUUAAAGUAUUGACAAUUGACGUUAAAGGAAAACUUCUUUCAUUAUAUAUAUGAUAAUUUUAAUGGAAGCUUCUUCCUGUUCUGUUCUAGAUGGCUGCCAAUGACCAUUCUGAAUGUUAACCUUUGAAGUCUUGUAUCUAUAUAUGGCCAGUAGGCGGUCAUCUUUGAUUUUAUGAAUUUUAAGAUAUAUAGUGUUAUUUCUCAGCGAGUACUUCCUCAUAAGGUUAAUUCAGUGUCUCACAUGAAUGUAAUGUUCCCUUUUGUCUCUAGUUUUUAUUUUACUAAAAUAUUCUAGUCAAUAGGCCAAAGGAGAACUUCACUUUGAAAGGACUGUUUAAAAAAUAGAAAUGUGAAUGUGUUUUUAACACAUUUAUAAGUAAAAACCAUUUUCCUUUUGCAAGUAGCUACAAAUGUAAAAAAUAAAAGUAAAAAUUUUCUUGCUGCCACUAUUUAUUCACUUAAUAAACAUUUUUGGUAUCCAUUUCUUUUUUUUUAAAUUGAAAUCAUUUUGUUACAUUUUGUUUGCCACUCCAUAUCUGAUACAUUCCAAUUAAGUGAAAUGUAUAAUAAAUUGAUCCAAUCUGGAACGAAAUUCUUUUGACUAAGCAUUGAAGAAUUUUUGUUCUUGGAUUUUUCACUCAUUCUUGUGUUGGUAUUGCACAUUAAAAAAAACCCAUGUAACUUGUAAUAAGUUGUCAAAAAGUUUCUUCAUUUCAAAUACAAUGUAUGAAAUAUUUAUAUCUUUCAUCUGAAAAUAUAAGUUCAUUUUAUGUUACGUUGGUAAAAUUUCCCCGGAUUUUUAUAUUAAUUUGUGUGCCCUGUAUGAAUACAGUUCAGUUGAAUAGUAAAAUGAUUUUGCAGAAAGGUGCUUAAAUUUAUUUAAUAUUAAAAACAAAAUUCUUCUAGAGUUAUCAUUGUGAAGAUUAUAUAAUCACACAUAUAAUCAUAUAAUAUAUGGAUUCUCUAGAGAAUCCUGUGUAUCGUUUUACCCGGACCUGUCAUACUUUCUUGUAUAUAGUGUAUUGAAUUGAUAGUACAUUGUGUACCUUCUGCGCUUAUAUUCUGGUAUACAAAACCCGGAGUUUGCCAAGUACUAGUAUCUGUUCAAAGAUUCAUCAUGCUUGAGAAGAUUUAUAUAAUGUUACUAACCAUAAUUGAAGCAUAUCAUCCAAAUGACAUGGAUUACUUUGUUUUAUUUAUGCGAUAGGUCUUUGAAUUGUUAAGGUAAAAUUGUGAAACUUUCAGAGUAAGUCUAGUUUCUAGUUUCAAAGUUUAUUUUGUUUCAAUUUUCAAAAUUAUGCAUUUCACCUGUUCUCUUGAUAAAAUGUUCCAGGUUUACAUACCAGUAUAAGAGGAAAGAAAUUUGUAACAAUAUGACUGAAUUGAAUGGUUUGGAAAUCCUCAUUUUAUUGGGAAUCUACCUACCGAUUCCGUGUAUGUAUUCCAUUCUUAACUACAUCUUCUAGGAAUUGUACCAGAUAGAUAAUCAGAUUGUUCAGGGCAUUCUACCUUAAAUAGGUCAUUCAAUGAGUUUUCACUUCCAAAUUGAUUCAAUUAUAUGUAUUUAUUGUUUUUGUUUUCUACAGUAUGUCACACCUACGAUUUGUACUGUGGCUGGUUGUUCUGGAAUCUCCUUUUGUUUCUUUGUGAGAAUGUCACUAGAUUUUAUGAAUUUGUUGACAUUCUAUUUGUAUCCAUCUUGUCAUGAAUUUCUGUAGAGAUAUGUACAAUGUAUGCUUAAAUGUUCAUUGUGAAAUUGUUAGAAGUCCAAUCUCAUCAGAAAUAUUGAUAUAUCCAUGUAUGAAUUAUUGUACAUCAUGUUUUUUUUAUAAAUAAACAUAAAUGUUACAUAUUA